GCAUUUUCACAUGUGAUACUAAGAAGCACCUCUUUCAUCAAGCUUUUUCGUGCCAUGCAUAUAAAUCCGCCUAAGUAGGGCAGUGAAUUCAGAAAAGAGGCACGGCCUGCACUCCACAACCAUUGCAAGUUUUACAGAGUGAAAACACCUUUGGCUGCUCCAGCCCUAGUGGGGGGCAGGAAUGUAGGAAGCUGGGACAAGAGGCCUCCUUGUUGCUGAGCUGGUGAAAGAGAGUUCAGUUCCAGCCUCUGCAUCUUUAAAACCGUCAGACACACACACACACACAUCCAGACUGCCUAUGCACCCUGCAGCCUUAAAAUAACCCUGAUCGCCUGGAUGAAGAGCGGCAACAGGUGCUCCACAUAGUUGCCAAGGCCGCUGGAGUGGGGGUGAGGUAGCCUGCUGUUCCAUCCCCUGCCUCACCCUGUCAAGCUGGGGCAUUGGGUGGAGAGGUAGGGGUGGGGUGAGAGUGGUUGAGAAACUUUUCAGCACGGCUAGCCAGCAGUGCAGUGACCUAGAUAAGACCCAGGAGAGAGCUGUGAGAAGCCCUCAAAGAAGACCAGGCUUAAAGCUUCGAGGGGGUUACCGUUAGGAUCAGGCUAGCUACUUCUCAGGCAAAAUAGAUCCCCUAAAAAACCCUGGGGCAAGGAAAGGGGCGAUGAUGUGGCCUAAUUUUUUCCUUCAGGAUGAGGAGCAGCGCAUGGCCAUGCGCGGGCGGGCAGGGGGGAAGCGGCGCAAGGUGCUGACAGAUGAGCAAGAGGGCAAGAUCAAGCUGGCCUUUUUCGUGGCCAUCGUGGGGAUGACCCUGACAGUGCUGGCUGUGGGCACAGAAUUCUGGGUGGAACUCAACACCUACAAGCAGAACCACACGGACGUCUGUGAAGCGGUCCACUUCGGCCUCUGGAAAUUUUGCCACAAGAAACUCUGGGUGGAAGAAAUAGAGAAAGAGCGAGUGACCUGUGGUCCUGCGGAGCUGCCUGGAGAAGCCAACUGUUCUUAUUUCAAAUUCUUCACCACCGGGGAAAAUGCCCACAUCUUCCAGAGAACUACGAAAAAAGAACUGAACAUCACGGCUGCCGUUGUGUCUCUUCUCAGUGUCACCCUCAUGGCCAUGGGAUCUCUCUGCAUCAUAAUGGCUCUGAGCAAAGAAGUCGAAUUCCUCCUGAAACCAGCAUCCAUAUUCUUUAUUAUAUCAGGCGUUAUGGUGCUAGUCUGUCUGGAAGUGUUCCGGCACUCAGUACGGUCCCUUAUCACCUCCAACGAGAGCAUCCCACUGGAGUAUGAAUAUUCCUGGUCUGUAGCUUGUGCAUUGGCAGCUGGGUCGAUCCUGAUCUUUGGCGGAGGCUGUUUUAUCCUAUUGUCCAUCCCAAGCUUGACCAAAAAGCCAUGGGAGUACUGCAUCAAAGGCAGAAACAACAGCAACGGUAACACUUCCUAGAAACCAUGUGGGAGUGCAUCCCAGAAUAUCUCUUUUUUUCAUUCUGUAACACACACACACACAACACAAACACACCACAUUCAUACCUCCACCCACUACUAGGGGGCAGAAAGAACCGACCUUCCACCUCCUACGCUUCUGCCCUCUUUCUCCAUCUGGACUCAGUUUUCUUUUCCUGUUUUGUGACUUGUAAAUAGAACCUCUAGUGCUUGUUUUGUUUUAGAUUGGGUGUGGGGUGGGGAGGGAGGGAAAGUAAGGAAAUGGGUUCUGUUUGUGAAUGAAGAGACAGCUGUGUUAAUGAACUGAGAAAUUACAGGGGGAGGGAGGAUAAAGGGCUGCAGUUAUAACCCAGUUUUUAUAAAUGGCUAUUUUUAGCUCAA